AGUAUCAUUACCCUAUAUUCACACCACAUCCCUAAAAGCUGAGCCAUCAUGGUUUCCACACGAUCCAGAACCACGAACGACAUCAAUACCCAAAUUGCUGCCAUUGAUCAAGCGUGUGCCGCAAGACAGACCAAGCAAACGGCUAUAACGGAGUUCUUUGUCUCAGUCGUCGGCAGAUCCACUGUGGUGACACAAAACGGCACGGCAGACAAUGGCACUGUCACGGAAAGCGCUGUCAGCGUCAGCACCUCGAGCUGCAUGUUGACUACAACUCCUGGAUCAGUGGGUGCUUCAAAGAACGAUGUGGCAUUGCAAAUCAACCUGCAAAAUCAGCACACGAAUGUCACUUCAAGUUCUGAAGAGGGGCUCAAGGAAUUGUCGGUCGAAAAGAAGGGCGAGUCACCAUCGGCUCCUAAGGAGUCUUCCAAAGGUCGCGGCAAGAAGCGCCAAUCAGUCGCCAAAGUUUCGUCCUCCAAGGUUACCAAGAAGGUGAAGGUGUCAAAGACCAAGACCAUCAAGGUCAAGAAGGAGGAACUCGAUGAAGAUUUUCUUCCGAAGCAGACCGAAUUGAUUCCGAAUGAGCUGGCUCAGUGUGGACGCCGUAUGCUGCGCCCUCGACCUCGCCGUAGGAUUGAGAAGAAGGGAGUGACUGAGGCACCCAUUGUCGAUCAAGGUCAUCCGACCAAGAUCGUAGUUCUCCGCCUAGAUCCGAUGAAGUUGACGACUCUCUUCGAAGGUCUACUUGCCACCAAACGCAGCCAACCAAUCAGUACAGCAAAGACAGGCAAGGCAACCAAGAGCCGCAAGGUUCCACAAGCGACUCCCAAGAGAAAGCCUAUUUUCAGACGUCCUCGAAAUAUGCCCUACACGAACAAGUACCAGUUUGCGUUCGGCGAAGACCGACUGCCAAAGCACGCUGAGCCAACAGCAGAAAGUAUCCAACAGGUCGCCAAGAUCAUGGAACUGGAGCGCAUGGAUUUGGCAAAGUCUGGAAAGGUUGCACCAGGAUCCGCUACGCCUUUUCAUGCCGGCAAAGGCAUCAGUGUUGAGUCUGUUGUGCGCGUCAUCUUGUCGCAAGUCUGCACAAACGAAAAGGCUCUUGACAUUCAGGCAACAAUGAGACAGGCCUAUCCUUACUGGGUCAAUGGUGAGAAGUUCAUCGGCAUGUUUCCGAACUACCACAGUAUGCGGGUCCAGAGUCUGGAGAAGCUCGAAAAGGUGAUCAGAGAUGGCGGCCUGAACUUCAAAGCCAAGUCUAUCAAAGGCUGUCUCGACAUCAUCUACGCAAAGAAUGUCGCUCGAAUUCCACCUGGAGCCAUUGAAUACGCUGGAAACGAGCCCUUUGCUACAGACUUUGUGCCUGGUUUGCUGUCCAUGGACUACCUUUGGGACAUACAUCAACAAGGUGGCAAACAAGCCGUCUUUGACAAUCUUGUUCAGCUUCCACAGAUUGCUGUCAAGUCUGCGUCUUGUUUGAUGGCGUUCAACAUGGGUCUGCCGGUGUUUGCUGUCGACACACAUGUUGAGGGCAUGGCAAAGCUUCUUGGCUAG